CUCCAAACCACCAUCCUUGCUAGCUAGCUAGUAGUACCCCCCAAGAAGAUAGAGUGUUGAGCACAUAUCUAUCUAUCUAUCCCACUCCACUUACCUUUAAUACAGACAAUAAUAUGAUGGAGAAGAAUAGCCAACCACUGACGCGAUUGCGUCGCGUCAAUAAACGGAGAAGAAAGCAAGGCAACCGACUGGUCGUUCCACUGAUAAUUCUGGGCAUUGCCUUUUUGUUCAUGAUUUGGACCAUGGUUUCCUUUUUGACACUGAGCAGCCCGACAGUCUCCAACAAUGGCCGCAAUAAUAAUAAUGUCCAAGGUGUUCCACAAGCUGCCGUCGACAAACAACAACAACAAUCGCGAAGACAAAAACCGGCAGCACCUACGGAAGAAUUAAAGCCAUUCGAAUCCCCACUGCUCAUUUUCACGUGUUCCCGCGCGGGAUACUUGACCGAAACACUCAACACUAUUUUUCAAUAUAUCGAACCCAAUUGCAAAAUGGGUUGUCCCAUUGUCGUAACGCAAGAUCGAAAUGCGGAAGAUGUCACGGCAGUCAUUCAACAAUUCAAAACCAAAUUUGAAGGAAAGGGAAUUCCAUUUUACCAUAUCAAUCAUCCCGCAUCUCCAAACUUGAGAGGGAAUCCCUACCAAUUAUUGGCCGUUCACUACGGAUGGGCCCUCCGAACACUUUUUGAUGGACAAGCAUACACACAACAACCUCUGCCACAACGUGUCAUUAUUCUCGAAGAAGAUUUGAGAAUUGCACCCGACUUUUUUGGCUAUUUCGAAGCCACGGCCCCCCUUUUGGAUGCCGAUCCUCACUUGUUGGCAGUGUCGGCAUUCAACGACAAUGGAUAUCAAAAUCAAGCCGUCGAUACGAAACGAUUAUUGCGCAGUGACUUUUUUCCCGGACUGGGAUGGAUGAUGACACGACAAACCUGGACGCAAGAUAUUGGUGCCAAGUGGCCCAAUGGGUAUUGGGACGAUUGGCUGCGGGAACCUGCCCAACGACAAGGACGGCACAUUAUUCGACCAGAAGUCACUCGGACAUUUCAUUUUGGGGACAAGGGUGGUGCCAGUCAAAAUCAAUUUGGAGGCAAUCAUCAUCGGAUCGAACUCAAUCACGAAAAAGUCGAUUGGACACAGCAGGAUUUGUCCUAUUUGGUGGAAGACACAUUUGAUCGCAAUUAUGCCAACAUGGUGGCCAAUGCUCGAUUGGCCACGUCGCGGGCAGAAGCACUGGAAAUUUGUCAACAAGGCGCCAAUGCACGGUUGGAGUAUUCGGGGAUACCCGGUUUUGCACGGGCUGCCAAGCGACUGAAUUUAAUGACGGAUGAAAAGGCAACAAUCUUCCGAACGGCCUAUAAAGGAGUGGUCGAAACCAGACCCGACGGCAAGACCUUGCUGUUUUUGACGCCGCCAUUGGAUCAACUCAAAGCCAAUUUUGGGAGUAGUUGGCCUAGCUAGCUACGGUAGUAGUCAGUCCAUAGUAUUGUGAUGCAGACUAGCUACUAGGGAACAAGAGUUCUUUUUUCUGCAACAACAUACGCAAUCUUCCUAUACAGCCAGCCAGCCAGCCAGCCAGCCAGCCAGCCAGGUAAUUCGUUAGUCAGAGCUAUAGGAGUCACUCAGUGUGAUCCUGUCUCCAGCAGCACUAUUCGGCUUCUUCAGAAGGUUGUCCAACAGGACUUGUGCUAUCACUUUUCCUUCGUCGUUCAAAUUUUUGUGGGUGCACGCUCCCAAAGAUUUUUGCAGCCAAACAAUAGCCUCUUUUUCACUGACAGGCAUGCCAUAUUGGCCUGCGGCACAAAAUUUCCCAAGACAAUACGCAGCAAGAUCAGAUCCUGCAGUUGCUGCCUGGGUGAGGUACAUAAUGCCAAGUGGCAAUGAUUUUGUUACACCUAUUCCUUUCAGUAGAGUUUCCCCAACUCGAGCUGUUCCAAGCACACUGCCAGCAUCAUGUGCUUUUCUGUUCCAAUUGUAGGCAUUGACUGGGUAGAAGCAUGCCAAACACAGCAUAGCGCGCACAUUGCCCUCAUUCGCCUUUUGUAGCAAUUUGUUCUUCUUCUUCAUUUGCUUGACUUUGAUGUUCCAAGCUACCAAUACAUCACCUUGAAUGGUUCCAUUUUCAACCAAUGUUUCAAUCAGGCUUCUGAUAUGAGGGGUAGGAAUGAGAGUUUCGCCCAUGAGUUCAUUG